AUGGCAUUCAUGCUGUCACUAUUAUACCGUCAAUCGGUGCCCAUAUUGUUAGGUUGCGAUCUCAUGGGAUCUCUACGGUCUCUCCACACAGAUGCCCUAAUCAGAGGUAGUAGCGGAGGCAUUGGAUUGCGGAACGGCAGGGUUUUGUCAUUUAAGGAAGUGAAAACUUGUAAACUACCGCAAACAUCCCGGUUGGAUAACGUUCGCUCAGCCGGUUCGCCGAUUUUGCGCCGAAGCCUUCAUUGGAUGUCUGGCCUGUGUGAUUUGAAAUCUCACGCUAAGAAGUACACUACUGGCCAGAAAAACCUCCACCUGUCGUCGAGCCUAUCCACUAGCAAAGUCACGGAAACUACCAAGGAUAUACCUAGUUCACAUAAUUUAGAUCAUAUAUCCGGUCAGAAUUUGAAAAUGGACGAACCCCAUUCACAUUCCCAUGGUGGGACUAUCUCACACAACUCGAAUGAACAAGUCAACACCAAUGAUCAGAUCAACCACAACGACCAUAACAGCCACUCGCAUUCGCAUGCUCAAGCACACUCGCAUUCUCAUAGUGACGAUCACGCUCAUACUCACUCUCUACUCCACUCUCACUCUCAUGGGCCCAAUGAGCUUUUGAGUAAAGGUUUCACCACCAAUCCAGCAGUGAGAAUCACCUGGAUAGGACUCUUAGUGAAUGUUGGCAUGGCAGGAACUAAGGCAGUAGGAGGUGUAUACUUCCACUCCCAGGCGUUAAUUGCAGAUGCCAUCCACUCGCUUUCAGAUAUGAUUGCUGAUUUCUUGACAUUGGCGACAGUCAACGUCUCGCUGAAGGAGGGCUCACCUACCAGAUUCCCCUUGGGAUACGGCAAAAUUGAGUCGGUGGGAACCUUCCUUGUCAGCGGGGUGUUGCUAUUCGCUGGCUUUACCGUGGGUUGGUCCUCACUUCUCCAGAUUUUCGAGUAUGUCUUGCCUUCCCACAUAUACGACUACUUGCUGGUUCUCCAAGUCCACUCACAUUCCCACAGCUUUGGUGCCGAGGCUCACACUAACCAUUCUCAUUCACACUCCCACGCUCCGGUAGCUGAGGCUGACGUCCAAGUAACCAAGCAGCCUCCUAACAUCAACGCUGCAUGGCUUGCUUUGGCCUCCAUUGGUGUGAAGGAACUCUUAUAUAAACAGACCAUGAAGGUUGCUUUGGCUACUCAUUCUAAGGUUCUAGUGGCAAACGCAUGGCAUCAUCGUGUGGACUCGUUGACUGCAGCUGUGGCUUUCCUCACGGUCACAAGUGGCUAUCUUUUCGGAGUAGUAUGGCUUGAUGCUGUUGGAGGAUUGCUUGUUUCGAUGUUGAUCAUUCAUGCUGGCUUUGGCACAUUCAAGGAUGCAUGGUUCGAGUUAGUAGACAGAGGUGUCCCGGAGAAGGCGGAACAAUACGCAAAUGUCAAACUGAUGAUCGAGGAAGAAAUGGAAAAUGUGGCCAAUGUCACUGGUAACCAAUUGCUAGUGGUGGAUCUUUCUGUAUUGAAUGCGGGUGCCAGAUCAAAUGUAGUGGUCAAGUUGAGCACACCACAGAAUCUUUCGCUCGAAACCAUGAAUAAAUUGGAGUUUGAUUUGUUAUCGCUGCUCAGAUCAAAAGACCGCCACCUCGGCAGAGUUUUCGUUCAGUAUGAACUUCAGAAGGAUUUCAAGUCGUCCAGCGCCAAGACAGAUGCUUAG